GUCAAAGCUAUGGGAAACAAUUUGGCGCGAUUACACUGCGACAUCAAUAUUAAUCGAAUCAAAGUAAAAAAUAAUGAUAUUCCAUCGUUAUAUUUAGACAAAUUGCUGCACCGAAAUGGAUAUAUUGUGUGAUUUUGAACCAGCUGUAAUUCAGAAACUCGAUCCGGUGGUGGUCAAUAAGAUUGCUGCUGGUGAAAUUAUCAAGCGGCCAGCGAAUGCUCUGAAGGAAAUGAUUGAAAAUUGCCUGGACGCGAAUUCAACAGCCAUUCAGAUUACGGUAAAAUCAGGAGGCCUAAAAUAUCUACAGAUUCGCGAUAAUGGAACUGGUAUACGGAAAGAUGACUUGGGAAUUGUGUGCGAACGUUUUACCACAUCCAAAUUGAAACAAUUUGAAGAUUUGCAAUCGAUAGCCACGUAUGGGUUUCGCGGUGAAGCUCUUUCCAGUAUCAGUCAUGUUGCACAUCUAACGAUUCAAACAAAAACCGCCAACGAUAAAUGCGCAUACAAAGCAUCAUAUGAAGAUGGUCGUCUUAAAGGUGAUAUCAAGAGUUGUGCGGGAAAUCAGGGCACACAAAUCACGGUUGAAGAUAUGUUUUUCAAUAUGUCACAACGCAAACAACUCUUUAAAUCGGCUAGCGAGGAAUUUUCCCGGAUUUUGGAUGUUGUUAGCAAGUAUGCAAUACAUAAUGCAAAUGUAAGCUUCACACUCACCAAACAAGGUGAAAACGUAGCACUUCGAACACCCAUCAAUUCGACAAAGCAAGACAAUAUCAAGAUUGUGUACGGUGCCGAUGUGGUAAAUGAAAUGAAAACCAUCGAAUGCCAAGAUGAACCAUUACAAUUCAAAAUGUAUGCUCUGGCAACUAGUGUUAAAUACUCAUCGAAAAAAUUUACAUUUUUGCUCUUCAUAAAUCAUCGGCUGGUUGAAUCGACGGCGAUAAAAAACGCCAUCGAUCAAUGCUAUGCGCCAUUUCUGCCGAAAGGAAACCAUCCUUUUGUCUACAUGGAUCUACAAAUUGAACCGAAAAACGUUGAUGUCAAUAUGCAUCCGACGAAACACGAAGUAAACUUCCUCUAUGAAACAGAAAUCGUUGACAAAAUUCGAUGGGCAUUCGAAGGUAAAUUGGUGGGAUCGAACGAAACGAGAGAAGUGUAUACACAACAACUUUUGCCCGGUGCAUCAAAUCCCGGAGAUGUUAACGGCGAUCAAGCAUCGCAAGGGAAAGAGACAAAAGUGUAUGCCAAAGACAUGGUGCGAUCAGACAGCAAGGAACAGAAACUGGAAAAAUUCUUCGGAAAAUCAUUUGCAAAAGACUCACAAGACAAUACAGAAACAACAAUCAAUGUAUCGUUUGAAUCCGAGUUCACACUGAAUGAUAACAAUGAGUCUAAUUUAGUUGGACGAAAAUCAUUUAUUCUACCUGCACGAACGAAUGGUGAUGUUAAACGAAAGCAGACCAAGUUGACGAGUAUCUUAACACUGCGAAAAAAGAUUGAAUCACGUUGCGAUGGAAAAUUGCGCCAAAUAUUGGCCGAUUCAAAUUUUGUCGGUUGUAUCAAUCGAAGGCAAUCGCUGAUCCAGUCUGGAUCGAAUUUAUACAUUUGUGAUGUACAAAAGUUAAGUGAAGAGCUGUUCUAUCAAUUGUUGAUGUAUGAUUUUGAAAAUUUUUGCGAGAUUCGUUUUGAAAAUCCACUGUCGAUAAAAGAUUUGGCAAUUCUGGCAUUGAAUAACGAAGAAAGUGGAUGGUGUGAACAAGAUGGACCAAUAUCUGAGCUGGCUGAAAAUGUGGAAGAGGCGUUGAUUAAAAAGGCAGACAUGCUGAGAGAAUACUAUGGAUUAUCAAUUUCCAGCAGCGGUCACUUGGAAACAUUGCCACUCAUUUUGGAUAAUCAUACGCCUUCUUUAGGCCACUUACCAAUGUAUAUUCUACGGUUGGUAACUGAAGUCGAUUGGGCUAAAGAGAGACAAUGCUUCGAGACAUUCUGCCGUGAAACAGCCAUGUACUAUGCUCGUACAACACUGAUUAUUGACGAAUGUGAAUGGAAAUGGCUAAUCGAACAUGUUUAUUACGACAACAUUAAAAAGUAUUUGAUACCAUCAGCUCAGUUGGGAACAUUAUUGCUUCCAGUGGCCAAUCUACAGAAUUUGUACAAAGUAUUUGAGCGGUGUUGAUUGACAUUGAACAUUAAAAAAAAAAGAAAGAAAA